AUGUCUGUCCUCUCUGCAGAUGCUCACAAUGAACUCGAUCAGUUGCUUGAAGCCCUACAAUCUACAGAUAAUAGUGUACGAUCACGGGCUGAAGAACAUCUGACAAAUAACUGGACAAUACCCAAGCCAGAGAUGCUUUUGGUUGGGUUAGUGGAACAGAUGCAAACAUCGAACAAUCCAUCGACUCGAUCUUUUGCCGCCAUAAUAUUUCGACGUAUAGCGUCGAAAUCUCAUCAGGGAUAUUUUAUUAGAAAUAAGCUACUUGAAACACUGAGCUCCGAGAUGACUCAUCAGGUAAGGAAUAAAAUUGGUGAUGCAGUUGCUGAAGUCGCUAGACAAUAUUCAGAAGCUAAGAUACAAUGGCCUGAAAUACUAGGAAUUUUGUUCACCUUGAGUAUAUCACAAAUUAUUGGUCAACGCGAGAUUGCUUACAGAAUAUUUUCCGCGUCUCCCGGCAUCAUAGAGACUCAACACGAAGAUACGGUGCUUUCUGCAUUCACCAAAGGUUUUAAGGAUGAGAAUGUGGAAGUUCGGCUGGCUGCCAUGGAAGCUUUCGCCUCUUUUUUCAGAAGUAUCAAUAAGAAAUCUCAGCAAAAAUAUUACGCAUUACUCCCCGAGGUCCUAAAUAUUCUACCAACAAUCAAAGAGAAGCAAGAAUCGGAGGAAUUAACAAGAGCCCUUGUGUCGCUUAUUGACCUAGCUGAAGUUGCACCAAAGAUGUUCCGGCCUCUUUUUCAAAACCUAGUUGCUUUUUGUAUAUCUGUCGUACAAGACAAAGAACUCACAGACCAAGCUCGCCAAAAUUCAUUAGAGCUUAUGGCAACGUUUGCAGACAAUUCACCUGCCAUGGUCAAAAAAGACCCUACAUAUGUCAACGACAUGAUUACCCAGUGUCUGAGCUUAAUGACAGACAUAGGCGUCGAUGAUGAUGAUGCAUCUGAGUGGAAAGAAUCUGAAGAUAUGGAUCCCGAGGAAAGUGAUCUGAACCAUGUAGCUGGUGAGCAGUGCAUGGAUAGAUUAGCGAACAAGCUUGGGGGUGCAGCCCUUCUUGCACCCAUAUUUGGCUGGUUACCAAGAAUGAUGAACUCUGAUGCCUGGAGAGAUCGCCAUGCAGCUCUAAUGGCAAUUUCAGCCAUUUCGGAAGGUUGUCGGGAACUUAUGAUAGGCGAACUCAAUCAGGUUUUAGAUCUUGUCAUCCCAGCCCUCCGUGAUGCGCAUCCUCGUGUUCGAUGGGCAGGAUGUAACGCCUUAGGCCAAAUGAGUACAGAUUUUGCUGGUAUUAUGCAACAAAAGUAUCACUCAGUAGUAUUACCAGCAAUAAUUCCCGUCUUGGAUUCGCCUGAACCCCGAGUUCAAUCACAUGCAGCAGCUGCGCUUGUUAACUUUUGCGAGGAGGCCGAGAAAAGUGUGCUAGAGCCAUACUUGGAUGAUUUACUUACCCACUUGUUCGCACUACUUCAGGGACGGAAGCGUUACGUUCAGGAACAAGCUCUUUCCACAAUUGCCACGAUCGCUGACUCUGCCGAGGCAGCCUUCUCCAAAUAUUAUGCCACGCUUAUGCCCAUCCUCUUCCAAGUAUUACAACAAGAAAAUACAAAAGAGCUUCGACUUCUUCGCGCAAAAGCUAUGGAGUGUGCAACUCUUAUUGCUCUAGCUGUUGGAAAAGAAAGGUUAGGGGCCGAUGCCUUAAAUCUUGUACGAUUACUGGCCUCAAUUCAACAGUCGAUUACUGACGCAGAUGAUCCCCAAGCACAAUACCUAAUGCAUUGCUGGGGUCGUAUGUGUCGCGUACUUGGAUCUGACUUCAUACCGUUCCUACCGAACGUUAUGCCCCCUCUUCUUGAGCUGGCGAGUGCAAAAGCAGACAUACAGCUCCUAGAUGACGACGAACAACUUGAGGCUGCACAGCAAGAAGAAGGAUGGGAGUUAGUUCCCCUCAAAGGGAAAAUAAUUGGUAUUAAGACAAGCACACUUGACGAUAAACACAUGGCGAUUGAGCUUCUUGUCGUCUAUGCGCAGGUUCUUGAAGCUGCAUUUGCACCAUACGUUGUAGAUAUUAUGGAGAAAAUCGCGCUGCCUGGAUUGGCGUUUUUCUUUCACGAUCCGGUUCGUGUAGUUUCGGCGAAAUGUGUACCCCAACUCUUGAAUUCAUAUAAGAAAUGUUACGGGCAUCCAUCAAAUGAGCUACAAGCUCUAUGGAACAUCGCCAUCGAUAAGGUACUAGAAGUACUAAGUGCCGAGCCAGCCGUUGACACACUUGCUGAGAUGUAUCAAUGCUUUUACGAAUCAGUUGAGGUCAUGGGAAAAGAUUGUCUGACGAUAGUAAACAUGCAGACGUUCAUUGACUCCGCCACUUCGGUGCUAGAAGAUUAUAAAGAUAGGGUCGCUAAUAGAGCAGAAGAACGCGAGGAGGUGAACCAGGAAGAGGGCGAGGAAGAGCCCGAGGAUCUUCUCUUGGCGAUUGAAGAUGACCAAACGCUGCUUUCUGACAUGAACAAAGCUUAUCAUUGUAUAUUUAAGAACCAUGGAGUGGCAUUUCUUCCAGCUUGGGAACGCCUACAUGCCACUUACGAUCAAUUUCUCAAGAGUCAGGACCCCACUCAACGGCAGUGGGGUCUCUGCAUCAUGGAUGACGUCCUUGAGUUCUGCGGCGAAGAAAGUUUCAAAUAUAACAAUUAUAUUGUUGAGCCACUCAUAGCAGGCUGUCAGGAUUUAGCGCCGGCCAACCGCCAAGCCGCCGCUUAUGGGGUUGGCGUUGCGGCACACAAAGGUGGUCCUCAAUGGUCAGCUUUUCUUGGGCCUGCUGUAGAACUGCUAUUUCAAGUUACGCAAUUCCCAAAUGCCCGAGGAGAAGAUGAUAUAUACGCAACUGAAAAUGCUUGUGCAGCAAUAGCAAAAAUAUUGCACUACCAACCGGCUUGCGUACAGAAUCAACAACAGAUAAUCGCGAAUUGGAUUGAAACUCUACCCGUUGUCAAUGAUGAAGAGGCAGCCCCAUAUGCAUACGCGUACUUGGCGGAAUUGAUUGAUCAGCAAAAUCCAGCUGUUGUUUCCCAGGCCGGAAAGGUAUUUAUGUUCGUUGUAAAAGCUCUAGAGACAGAAACUUUGCAACAAUCAGUUGCAGCACGUAUCGUUACCUCAGCAAGAUUUCUUUUGCAGGUUUCCGGGUUAGAUCCUAAUCACGUCUUACAACAACUUUCGCCUGAGACGCAGCAAAGGGUCAGAGCAUAUUUCUCAUGA